AUGAUUCAAGGCUGUGAAGUAAUAAAAGUUGGACCAUUUCCUGUCAUCGCCUUCCAUAGUCUGCUUGAUGAAAAACUUGACUCUAGAACACCUUCUGAAGCAGGGACACUAACGUCUGGUUCAGUCGUACAGGCUACUCAAAUUGGACAACCAAUUCAACUACCGAUUGACACAAAUAUCCAGCCCAUCCAACUAAUUGCACUAAAUUUACCAGAAAGCGAUUUAGAACACUUCAAAGUCCAGCUUCCGUCAGUGACAUAG